AUGCCUAACAAUACUAAGAGGUCUUCCCAAAGACGCAGGUUCAAGGUGCCGAGCGAGUUCGGCCAGGCAAGACAAUCGAGAAGCCGGAAGAACCGCCCUUGUGACGCGUGCCGUAAGAGAAAGACGGCGUGUGUGAUCACCUCCACACCACCUUGCCUUUUCUGCAAGGGGCGAGGCAUAGAAUGCAAGUCAUCGGCUUCGGAUAGUGUUGCCUCCAGGUCGGCUCUAUCUGCAUCUUUGUUCGCAUCCGCACCCGCCCCUCAAGAUGCUACGCAAGAUGGGCCUUCCAGUAACUCUGAAUCUCCGAGAAUAGCGUCAAACAACAUACGCCCUUCGGCUCAUAGUGAUUCAAUCGAAGUGAUCCCAGCACCCUACCUGCAGACACUAGAAGACAAUGAAAAUAGGACAGCACACAGCAUGGGCCCGGCAGCCGAACAAGACACUCACUUCCUCGCCUCCUUCCGCUCAGACGUUCUCAGCGGGCCCAAUCAGAUUGACGCAGAAUUCAUUCAGGUACACGAAGGGAGCGGAUAUCCGUGGGAUCCGCCGGUUCACUUCUGUCUCUUGCAAGACGAGUUUACAGCACACGACAACAAAGCCCGGGAAGAAGCUUCUCGUGCGAUAGAGGAAAUUGUUGAGCCUCACGGUCCUACGCUCGUACGCCUGUACUUCAGACACAUUCAUCCAGUGCUGCCUGUUCUAUCCAAGGUCAGGUUUCUUAACCAAUACUCCGCAGACAAGACAAAGCUUCCUGCCUCCCUUCGAGGGGCAGUAUACGCACUAGCCUCAGUCUUUUGGAAGUCUGAGCCGUCACUACAAGGUUCCCUUCAUUUCCAACAGCAUGAGCUCGCAGACCUAUCCACAGGCUCUUUGCAAAGAGAACUCGACUCGCCAAAUUUAGCGAAGCUUCAAGCAUCCCUGCUCCUCCUCCACAUGACGCCCAACAGGACAGACAGUAUCGCGCACCCCAAAACCUGGAUAUCGACAGCGCAGGCCGUAGCCACUGCCCAGAUGAUUGGACUGCACCAGGAUGCUGAGAAGUGGAAUCUCUCAUCAUGGGAAAAGAGGCUGCGGAGGAAGCUUUGGUGGGCUACGUAUAUGACUGACGUAUGGUCGGCAGUGUGCCACGGAAACCCGCCCCAUAUCUACCCUGCUUCUUUUAACACGUCACUCGUCACUAUGGAAGAUCUGCGAUCCGAUGAGAGAGUUCCUGAGGACUUGCGAUCACUGGUCUAUUCGUGUAAUGUAGGAUUUGAUAUUGCUUCUGGAGCGCGGUUUCUGGAGUUGGUAAAGAUAAGUCAGACCUUGCGAGAGGCAAUGGACUGCAGUUUUCAGAUACCCAGGCUUGCGCCACCAGACUCCCAGAAGAUGGAAAUGGAGAAUCGAGGGCGUCUAGUCUCGCUCCAGGGAGAACUCCAUAACUGGGCAACGAUACUGCCGCAAUGUCUUACGAUGCCUCAUCUCGAGAAUGCAAUAGGUAUUAUAUCCAAUAAUGCGCCCCUACAUCUAGCGUAUUACGCCCACUUGGCGCUUCUUUACCGUGCCCUCAUGAAUCCAGCUACCAAGGUUGCCAAGGCAAUACCAUCAUCCAGCCUUCGCCUGUGGUUCGGCACGGCACUUUCAGACUUUGCUAGUUUCACGGACUUCAUGAGUGAACUAACCCCUAUGGACCUACGAGGCUUCUGGGGCUGCCACGCCCGCUCUCAGCUCAUACUCUGCGGCAACUUCAUCAUUUACCUGUUUGUGCUGGCAACUGAGCCUGGAGACAUCACAUCAGCCUUUAAGUUGCUGGAGAGCUUUCACGACACCUUGCAGCGGUUGAAAAGACACGUCGACUCAAUCUCGGAGUUACUCCUUCUUCCGGUCAGUCUUCGGAUCGACUCCUUCUUUACCCAGGCAGCCGAUCGACUACGUGGUGGGCCAGUUGCCGACAGUACAACUACUGCGAUUUCGACUCCCGGAGCGGCGCCAAUACCACUCAUGAACAACCCCUAG